UCAUCGUCUUCGAAAGCCUCAAAACAUAUGUUUUCUCACCCUAGCUCAUCUGGCGUGUUGAGAGGCGCCGUUGCUACUUUCUGCAGUCGUUUUUGCCGGAAGGUGGCAACAUCUCCCCUUCCGUGAAGUCGAUGCUUUUCCACUCUCUCAAGGAGCACUAUCAAGACGUCGAUGGUUCUCUAUUCUCUCAAGGAUCAUUAUCAAGAGCCCUUGUAUGCUCUUUCUCACUCUUUUUGUAUCUUAGGGUUAUACUCUAGGGUUAGACAUUGGCUCACGCGACAACGCUAGCGGAAUGAGCAUCGCAGAAAGUGGGUCCUCCGUCACCGUUGACCAUCGUGAAGGGGCUCUGAAUUUACAAGGUCUGUUAACGUCUCCAAACUUCACAGGAAGGCAAUUUUCAGUGUAUCCUUUCAAAGUGUUGUUCAUAUGGGUGAUGGGAAAGAAGUGCCUCUCUCUAUCUUGGCAGGAUAUCAAGUCAACAUGUUGGUCCCUUCGUUGCUCCAUUUUGGGUAGUAGUGAUACCUUUAAAGUGUUAAAUUCAUUUCCUACUUGUUCUGCGGGAUCUUGGAUGAAUCACUUCAAUCGCUAGUAGAUACAAUCCAGCUACAUGGUGUAGACUUGUUCUGUCUAAAUUUAAAAUAUAGCUUUACAUAUUGAUCAUAUGGUAAUUAUGUGUUGUAUCUAAUUCAUGGAGAGAUUAUGAUGGAUUUGCACAUUGAUUAUCAAAACUUCCAAAAUAUGGUUUUCUUCAUUGACA